AUGUCGACCAAACGAAAACUUCCGCAAAAGCUUGCACAGCCAAAGGCAAGCCAAAACGCAAAAAUUGUGGGGAAGACCAAUUUGGAUGAUUCAAAGACAGUGGUAUCGGGUGGUGGAAAUGCUUUCAAGUCGCAGCUCAACGGCGUAAGAGAGAUCGUCAACAUCUCGAGCGAUUCGAGUAGUGAGGAAGGUGAUUCCGAGGAAGAAAGUGCGGACGAGGCACAACCCACAAAUGGAGAAGAUGUCUCCAUGGAAGAUGCAGAGCCCAUCCCCGACGACACCGAAGAGAACGGCCAACCAAGUUUCGGGGACCUCGUGAGAGCGAAUGCCUCUGAACCGAUCGAUGUAGCUGGCGCAUUCGAGGACCCCUCAUCUCGCACCCUUGCGUACCCGCAAGGCAAGCAAAUACAACCUCCUUCCGGCGCAUCGCUAGGAACGGUUCUUACUCAAGCACUCAAGACCAACGAUAUAUCUCUCCUGGAAUCUUGUCUACAUACUACCGAUGUCAAUACCAUUCGCGCUACUAUCCAACGUCUCGACUCGCCUCUCGCAGGCACCUUAUUACAAAAGCUCGCCGAGAGAUUACAUAGAAGACCGGGCAGAGCAGGGAGUCUUAUGGUGUGGGUUCAGUGGACACUGGUCUCGCAUGGUGGAUAUCUGGCAACACAAAAGGAUCUAAUCAAGAAGCUGGCGGAAUUGAACAGGGUCAUUGAUGAGCGGGCGAAAGGUCUACAAAGUCUGUUAUCUCUGAAGGGGAAGUUGGACAUGUUGGAAGCACAGAUCGAGCUACGGAGAAAUAUGCAGAACCAGCGCCGCCGAAUCGACGAGGAUGAUGAGGACGAUGGUGUGAUAUAUGUUGAGGGUCAGGAGAAUGACGAGGAGGCCGUUGCCAAACCCCAGCGGCUAGCACAGAAUGGCGAUCUAGAGGAUAUCUUGGAUGGCAGCGAAAUCUCAGAAGACAUGCCCAUGACCAACGGCGUGAUUGCAGAUUCAGAGGAUGAGGGAGACAGCAGCGGCCAGGACAACUUAAUAGACGCCGAGGCCGAAGAGACAGAUGACGACUCAGCAGAUGAGGACGAAGUCGAUCACGACGAUGAGGAUUCCGAGGAAGAGAGCGAUGAGGAACCGCCACCAACAAAACUGCAGCGAGUGAGUGGCAUUGCGUCGAAGAGGAGAUGA